AUGCUCUCUGGUUGGGUAUAUUAUAAAUUAAAAUUAGUACCCCAUAAUAAAGAAAAAGAUGGAGAAGUAAGGAUAGAUUUGAUUACCUGGAAAAUGUUUAUAAAAGCGGCUUUGAAAAAAUAUCAUGGUUUAUUCGGCGAAGGUAUUGAAUACUAUUUUUUAAACCAACAAAAUGACAUAGCCUAUUUGAAAGUAGAUUUUGUUGAUAAAGAAGUUUUACAAACAUCCGUUUCCUCAUACAUAUCUGGUGAAGACCUAGUAGGGGUUCCUUUGACAAUGGAAAUCUUGCAAGUAACGAAUAGUGUAACAAGUUUGGAAACUAAUGAAGAUGAUAAACUUUGGAUCAACAAGGAAAUUGAAGAAUGA